GCCAUCUUUGUGUUGGAAUUAAGUCAAACUAAGGGGCUUCCAGUCUUUCUCUGGAGUAGCAUAUUUAGGACUUCUUGCUCACGAAAGCCAUUCAAUUUAGAAGGGCAGCAGUUUAGAGAAGAACACGUCUACUUGAGUUUCACAGACUUCAUUCUCAGACUGAGUUUCAGUCUCAUUCUCCAUCGGCUCGGCUGCUCUGACUCUUGACUCUCCACCCGUGCUCAUCAUCUUUACAAAUCAGGAAGUGGAAUGUACUGUGGUCUGGGGCUUUUCACGCUGUUGGCCUUGAGCACCCAAUUGAUAGUUCAGGGCCCCCUUUCACUCUGACACGGCAACAGAGCUGCUGCUUCCUGUGAAGGUAAAUGUGAAGAGUGAGCAAGCAAGAGGACUGACUUGUUGAUUUGCCCAGACUGGUUCUUCUCCAAUGCUGUCAACUAUCUAUUAUGGCCAGCAGUCCUGCAGUUAUAAACAAAAUUUAAGACCAGCAGCUAUGGUCAUGAAGUGCUCCGAAUGGCCUGAAGCAACAUCACAACGCCAACAUAUGUGACUAGGAGACAAGAAAGAACCAUGAUUCAGCCAGCAGUCAUGAAGACCAGCCUCCCACUGUUGUUUUACAUCCUAGCACACUCAGUGGCAUCAGGGCUGAGCCAGGGUAAUUCAAACUUAGCUUGCUUAUAUGAUUCAGUGGAAACGCUUUCUUGUGUUUGGACUCCCGCUGCAAACACCACAGAUGCACCUUGCAACCUCACAGCUUCUGUUCCAUUUAGGGAUUCCCCAGAGCUAUGCCAGCUGUAUGGUACAGGUAACAGGAGCUGUCUUCUGAAAUUUGAGAGAGCUGCUAUGACCAUCACAGACAGUGUUUCCUUGGAUGUAAUUUGCCAUAUUGGAGAGAAAAUGAAGACUGUUGAAAAGCACAAGAUGAAGCCUUUUAAGAAUCGUGAGUUGAAAGCAAUCUAUGAAGUACGAUACAAAAUACACAAUUCUGGUGAGGCUGACAAAAUCCUUCCCAUUAUUCAGGAUCAGAAAUGGCUAAAAUUUGAGAAUCUUUCUCCUGGCACAGCAUAUGAAGCAGCUGUUCGUGCAAAGGUCCGAAAGAAUGAUGACAUUUACAAUAGUACAUGGAGCAACUGGAGCACACUAAUGAUAUGGAAGACUGAGCCCGAAGCCCCAACUCCAACGGUUUUCCUUAUCCUUGCUGCAAGUUCAACCUUCAUCGUCAUCCUUGCUAUUGCUCUGUCAGCCAAGUCACCAGUGCUAAAACGUUUGAAGAACAUGCUGAAGAUUCAUUUACCAAAUCCAGAUGAAUUCUUCCCAUCUCUCAAUGCUGUCCAUGGAGGAGAUGUUCAGAAGUGGUUGUCUUCUCCAACAUCCAUGCCUUCCUUGCAUGUUGCUACUGCAGCAUCAGAUGUCUCUCUGCUUGAGAUAAUGCCGAAGGGCCACCAGGAGCCUUCCCUCCACUUUCCCAAGGCAUGUUUUGCAAAUAUGGACACACCAGAGAUGAGCGAACAGUCCUCAUCUAGUUGUUUCAUCAAUGGUGGUUAUUUUUCCUUCCAGCACCAGGAUUCUUUUUACUUUGAGCCCUGCAAAGUGUACUUCACCUAUGAUCUCAUUUCUCAAGGCAACAUUGGCUGUGAAGAUGGUGACUUCUGCUCAUACAGACUGCUCCAUGAAACAACUGACACCAGCAGGCCAUCACCCCCUACUGACAGCAUCACAGCAAUCCAAGAGAAUAAUUGUUUUGUUCGAGAAACAAAGGAACCAACUGAGAGAGCUGCAUGUGGUUCAAGGACUCUUCUGUGCAGGGAGAGUUUCUCAACAUCACCAAAAGAGAAACAAGAUGGGAACCAAGGGAAUCUUAAACCCAUCCUUUUGCCUUCCUGGCCUCCACUGGAGGGUUCCAUAUACAGUACAGACCAGUCUGACGGCAACAAUAACAGAACAGGAGCAAUCCAAAAUGCUGACCCUCCUGUCGCUUCUGCAGAAAAUCAUAGGUCUGCAUUUCUCCAGUCAGCAAUACAGAAUCAAGGCCAAGAUAAUGUCACCUGCAGAGCAGCAUCUUCCUCACAGCUCCCCAGUGCUUCUGAGGGCUACCUAUCAAUGAGGGAUCUUCAAAGCCAUUACACUCAUUAUUCUAUCUGACUUCUUUGGAGCCAUCCCACUACCCAGCCGUGCAACUGCUGGUAAUGAUGGUGGGUGGUCAUUUAUUAAAUCAUGACUAUGAGA